AAAAGAAAAAAGGAAAACCUAAGACAGAUAAACCACCACCAUCGCCUAACUAAAAGCCCUUGCUUGUCAUUUGCAGAAAGCUACUUCACUCUCUCCUUCUUCUUUCAUCUUCCUUAAUUUUCAAAUCCUCCCUUUCUUUUCGCAAAAUCGUACCGAAAAAGGUAUAAGCGUUACUAAAACCCAGGAAAAUUCAUUAUUCUAAAAUUUCUAUAAAAUCUGUCACUGUUUGUUCAGUUCCUUGUUGCAUACGCCGAAAUGGGUGUACCAAACAAGGACACAGAUCAGGAGACUUGCAGCCACGGCUAUGGACGCUGACCAAAUUACUGAUUCUGCAUUAUGGGAAAGACUGAGGAGGGGCAGAAUCUGCCCGUGAGUGCGGGCACUGAGGACUUGGAGCGGAAUGUGGAGCCUCGAUUUCAUGGGUGUGUAUCUAAACGGAUAUCGAGGGUCAUUGGGUUGAGGUGUAUCUUGGUGCUGCUUUUGUCGGUCGGCGUGUUUCUCUCCGCCUUGUUUUGGUUACCUCCGUUUCUUCAGUUUGCAGAUCAAGGGGAUCUGGAUCUCGAUUCUAGGUUUAAAGAUCAUGAAAUAGUCGCAAGUUUUAUCAUUGAGAAGCCAGUUGCUUUGCUGGACAACAAUAUUUUGCAGCUUGAGAAUGAUAUUUUUGAUGAGAUUGGCUUUCCCACCACAAAAGUGGUUAUCUUAUCUCUUGAACCUUCAGCUGGAUCAAACAUAACUAGGGUUGUGUUUGCCAUUGACCCUGAUUUGCAAUAUUCGAAGAUAUCUCCAAUGGCUCAGAGUUUGAUCAGGGCAUCUUUUCUAUCUUUGGUUAUACACCAAUCAUCUCUCCGAUUGACUAAAUCCUUGUUUGGAGAACCAUUCUUCUUUGAGGUGCUAAAAUUCCCAGGAGGAAUUACAGUGAUUCCGCCACAGAGCGCAUUUCUUCUACAGAAAGUCCAAAUCCUUUUCAACUUCACUCUAAACUUUUCUAUAUAUCAGAUACAAGUAAAUUUCAAUGAACUGAAGAGUCAGUUGGCAUCGGGUUUGGAUCUAGCACCAUAUGAGAACUUAUAUAUAAGCUUAUCAAAUUCCAGAGGUUCAACAGUUGCUCCCCCUACAACUGUCCAGUCAUCCGUUCUGUUGGCAGUGGGGAAUACUCCUUCAAUGCCCAGAUUGAAGCAGCUAGCCCAGACCAUUACAGAUUCUCAUUCAAGAAACCUUGGAUUGAAUCACACUGUAUUUGGUAGGGUUAAGCAAGUUCGUCUUUCAUCUAUCUUGCAACAUUCUCUCCAUGGUGGCAGUGGAACAUCCUCCUCUCCUUCUCCUGCUCCUCUGCCUCAUCACCACCAUCAUAAACAUCACGGCCACCACCAUCACCAUAGCGCUCAUUUAGCUCCUGAGAAUUCACCAUCUCCUGCAACUGAUAAAGGCUCACAUGCGAGCAGGAGAAGUGCAGCUGCACCUAAACAUAAUUCUCCUGCUCCAGAAAAAAGUUCACCUGCGCCUCAUAAACCUCCUGGUUGCCAGUUUGGGAAAAGGAGGCAUAAUAAUACCAGAAAGAAUCCUCGAUUAGCUCCUAGUAUUGCCCCUACUAUCUCUCCUCAAUCUUCUGCUACCUCACCUCCAAAGCAGCUACAUCCACCAGCACGUCAUCCACCAACACGUCAUCCACCAACACUUCAUCCACCAGCGCUGCCACCUGCACCUGUCUCUCAUUCCGUUUCAGGAUCUAGUCCUUUGCCAAAUGUGGUGUUUGCUCAUGUCCAGCCACCUUCCAAAAGCGAAUCAGAUAAACAGCAUUCCAACAAAAUGCCAAUAAUUUCACCGUCACCGGCUUCAUCUUCUGUAGGUUGUCCAACUGCUCCAUGGGCAAUUUUACUCUUGUUAGCUAUGGUACUACAUGUGUAACAAGGGAGGAACUGCCUAUAUUCUAGUUAUAAGAAAAACUUCUCUAGUAUUUGAGGUACUCAAUUGUAUAAUUUAAUUGAAUCGAACCGAACAAAACUGGAGGAGUUUUUUAUAAGUGGGAGCAAAAUGCAGAGGGUGUGUGCUUGGCAAUGUGAUGAGUGAAUGUAAUGUCUCCUUUUGUGCGUGUAAAUAUUCCUGAUUAAGAAAUCAGCCGGCAUGUGCAGUUUUUGGUCAAAGUCACAUUAGGUGGCAGGCCCCUUUUGAUAUUGUGCAUUGCCGCUGUUCUGUGUAUUUCUCUUCUGCAGAAACGCCUGAGGGAGAAAAGCAAAGAAACCCUUUAUA